AUGAGGUAUUGGCAGGAAACUUUGAACACGCCUUUCUUCUUUCUUUCUUUCUUUCUUUCUUUCUUUCUUUCUUUUUUCUUUCUUUCUUUCUUUCUUUCUUUCUUUCUUUCUUUCUUUCUUUCUUUCACUGAAACCAACUUUCCGUUGCUUUCUUUCUUUCAAGCUUCUUUCUUUUUUCUUUCCUUUCUUUCUUUUUUCUUUCCUUUUACUUUUUCUUACAUUCAUUCUUUCUUUCUUUCUACUUUCUUUUUUCUUUCUUUCUUUUUUCUUUCCUUUUACUUUUUCUUUCUUUCUUUCUUUCUUUCUUUUUUCUUUCCUUCUACUAUUUUUUCUUUCUUUCUCUUGUCUUUUCUUUUUACUUUUUCUUUCUUUCUUUCUUUCUUUCUUUUUUCUUUCCUUUUACUUUUUCUUUAUUUUUUCUUUCUAUCUUUUUUAUUUCAUUCUUUCUUUCUUUCAAUCUUAUUUCUUUUUUCUUUCUUUCUUUUUUCUUCCCUUUUAAUUUUUCUUUCUUUCUUUCUUUUUUUCUUUCUUUCUUUCUUUAAUUUUCUUUAUUUUUACUUUUUCAUUCUUUCUUUUUUCUUUCUUUCUUUUUCUUUCCUUUUACUUUUUUCUUUCUUUCUUUUUUCUUUCCUUUUACUUUUUCUUUCUUUCUUUCUUUCUUUCUUUUGUGUUAGUUUUCCCUUGCUUUCUUUCUUUUUUCUUUCUUUCAAACUUCUUUCUUUCUUUUUCUUUCUUUCUUUUUUCAUUCCUUUUACUUUUUCUUUCUUUUUUCUUUCUUUCUUUUUCUUUCCUUUUACUUUUUCUUUCUUUCUUUCUUUCUUUUGUGUUAGUUUUCCCUUGCUUUCUUUUUUUCUUUCUUCUUUUCUUUUUUCUUUCCUUUUACUUUGUCUUUCUUUCUUUCUCUUUCUUUUUUCUUUCCUUUUACUUUUUUCUUUCUUUCUUUUUUCUUUCCUUUUACUUUUUUCUUUCUUUCUUUUUCUUUCCUUUUACUUUUUCUUUCUUUCUUUCUUUCUUUCUUUCUUUCUUUCAAUGUUCUUUCUUUUUUCUUUCUUUCUUUUUCUUUCCUUUUACUUUCUUUCUUUUUUCUUUCUUUCAAUUUUCUUUCCUUUUAAUUUUUCUUUCUUUCUUUUUUCUUUCUUUCUUUUUUACCUUUUACUUUUUUCUUUCUUUCUUUUUUCCUUCCUUUUACUUUUUCUUUCUUUCUUUCUUUCUUUCUUUCUUUCUUUCUUUCUUUCUUUCUUUUGUGUUAGUUUUCCCUUGCUUUCUUUCUUUUUUUCUUUCUUUCUUUCUUUCAAACUUCUUUCUUUCUUUUUCUUUCUUUCUUUUUUCAUUCCUUUUACUUUUUCUUUCUUUUUUCUUUCUUUCUUUUUCUUUCUUUUUUCUUUUUUUUCAUUCCUUUUACUUUUUCUUUCUUUUUUCUUUCUUUCUUUUUCUUUCUUUUUUCUUUUUUUCUUUCCUUUUACUUUUUCUUUCUUUUUUCUUUUCUUUUACUUUUUUCUUUUUUCCUUCCUUCCUUUCUUUCUUUCUUUCUUUGUUAUUAUGCCCGAGUCUUUCUUUUUCUCACUAAAACGAAACAGUGUCUCAGAGAUAGAUGUCUAUUUUUCACUUACUGUCAUAGUAAGUUGA